CCCUCCCGGCGGCGGCGGCUCGCCUGGCCGCGCCAGCCCGCGGCGAUGGAGGCGGCGAGCGGGCGGGCGCUGCGGUGGCUGCUGGCCGCCCUGGGGCUGCUCUCGGCGCUCAGCGCCGCCGGCACGCUUUUCCUGCUGGCGCAGUGGCGGGAGCUGGGCGAAGCGCUGAGGCAACUGGAGGCGGCGCGGCCCGACGCGACCCUCGGUCCCUCGCCGGGUCCGCCGGGCCGCCCCCCUGGGCUGCCGGGCCCCAGCCGGGCGGCCCCCGCCUCCGCCCGCAGCAAGCGGAGCCGCCGCGGGGAGCGAACCCGCGGGCACCUGCGCGCCGAGAGUGAGGAGACCGUGAUGCUGAUGACCUACGCUAUGGUGCCGGUCCGAGUGAUGGUGGAUUUAUGUAACAGCACAAAAGGAAUAUGCUUAACAGGCCCUCCAGGUCCUCCAGGGCCUCCUGGACUUGAUGGAUUGCCUGGCUACAAUGGAUCAGAUGGAGUCCCUGGUGUACCAGGACAAAAGGGAGAACCAGGAAUAAUUGGAAAAAGAGGAAAAAUAGGUGUGCAAGGACCAAAAGGUGAUCAAGGCCAGAAAGGAGAACCUGGAGAGAUGGGUUUACCUGGCAAGGAUGGCAUGCCAGGAGGAAAAGGCGCAAGAGGAGCAAAGGGUGAAAAGGGGGAUGCAAACAAUGAUGUGAUACUGGAAGGUGCAAAAGGUGACCCUGGACCCCCAGGGCCCCCUGGGCCACCUGGACCCCCAGGGCCUCCAGGAAAACGUAAAGGCAAAACACAACUUCAGGAGAACAUAUACAGCAGCAAAUGCACAGGAGAGACAUGUGCUGUACCAAAUGAUGAUACCCUGUCUGGAAAAGCUGAAGACAGAACCCCUGGUCCUUCAAAAAGAACUGAAUGUGUCAUAACGUCUGUGGGAAGUCCUGUUCACUUUGUCAGUGUACAGCAAACAUUUGGAACCUGGAUGCGGGAACCUGCAAAUAUAAGUGACGAAAGGAUUUGGCUUACCAUGCAUUUUUCAGGAAACUCUAUAAAAGAAUAUGAGAAUUCCAAUGCCUUGCUGAAUGACAGCUACAGGGUCCUUAACAUCACAGGAUUCUUUUAUGGAUGUGGUCAUGCAGUACAAAACAAUCAUCUGUACUAUCAAAAGGGAGGAACCAAUGUCAUUCUGAAACUUGGACUUGAUAAGACAUCGCUGGGCACCCUGCUAAUUGAAAAUGCCUUAUAUCAUGGCCGUAACUACCUCUUUUCUAACUCAAAGACGUAUUUCAAUGUAGCAGUGGAUGAGAAGGGUCUUUGGAUUAUAUAUGCCUCAAGCACCGAUGAAAAUAUAAUAGUAGCACAUAUUGAUGAAGAAACAUUUUCAGUCAUUCGACAUAUCAAUACCACCUAUCCUAAGUCCAAGGCUGGUAAUGCAUUCAUAGCCUGUGGUGUUCUGUAUGUUACUGAUACUAAGGAUACGACAGUAAGUUUUGCUUUUGAUUUAUUGAAAGAGAAACAGAUUGAUGCAAGGUUUGAGUUACGGUCUUCACAGUCUGUUCUUGCUAUGCUUUCCUAUAGUCUAAGAGAUAAGAACUUGUAUACGUGGGAAAAUGGGAGCUUAAUGGUAUACCCUGUACAUUUUGGCAGAUGAAUAUAUUUUAAAAUGUCAUGUACAGGAGCCAUGUUUGACUAUUUAAAGCCACAUGAUAUACACAGGGGUGUGUCUCUUCACUUGGUAUAAUUUUUUGUUCCCUGAGGGUGGUUUAUGAGUGUGCAUAAAAAAGGGAGCUGAGGGGCCCACACCCCAAUUAUAUAGGCCCUUCUCAUCUUUUUAAAAGAUUAGCUGUUCAGUAUUGCAGCUGGCACACAUGUAGCAGACUUGCUUUUGUUUUUCCCCUUUUAUUCAGCCAAUAAUUAUUUCAAAUGUACGUUGAUUACUCUAUGGUUACGUGUUCCACAGAGACUAUUUAUAACUUUCAGUUGCAAUUAUCUUAUCUGCAAUCAUUUUCUACUCAGUCAUUAUGGUCUAGUAUAAAUGUCUAAAUAAUGAACUUCUGUUACAAUACCUUUAUCACUUUCACUUAAUACUUUCCACUGAUUCUCUGUGAACAUUUUUGUUGGACAAAGAUGCACAGCUUUUAAAAAUAACGUGGAUGGAAAUAGCUGUUUGAAUAGCAAAAAAGCAGAAAGCUUCAAAUUAGACAAGUCCAGUAAACUGUUAUAUAAUCAAGUGAAAUCCAUCCCAGUACAAGGAAAAUAGGAAUGAAGGCGUUAUUAAGUAUUGAAUAUCCAGGAAAUUGUCUUUAGCAAAUGGAGCAUGGGAGGAAAAGUAACAAGGUAUAAAACUGAAGAGAAGAUGUAAAAAUUAUGAUUAAAGUUCCCUUUUUAACACCCUUUGA